UCAAUUCAUCAAUUUGGUGUCGUACCCCGACUUCUUUAAAGCUGUUGUACAGGGAAGGUUCUCUAGAGCCCAAAAGAUCAAGGAAAGCUGUCUCUGGUGCAUCCAAACAGGGCCUAAAUGCCAUACUUUCAGAGCCGUUGGUGAAGAAAGCACCCGUCCGGUUUGAGACUUGGAGAAUUUCGACCGUUAAAAACCGUUUUCACGUAACUGGAAAUCUCCUUGUAUGUAAGAUAAAAUGGAAAACCUUUUGUGACUUCAAACCUGCAGCCAGGCGUUAACAGAUUUCUCAUUUUAACAGGGCCCAGGGUGAAUUCAGUGCCAAUAUAUCUAGACGUUUAAAUGGAGUGUUAAUGUGGACAUUUUGGAAUGGGAACUGUUAUUAGUAAGACUGCCACAGGCAUUGGUGGAAUUCUUGGAAAUGCUUUUGUGGCUCCAAUUAAAACAGUUUUUGGUGGAUCAUGCGAGGGCAUUUGCUUGGGAACAUGGGAUAUUAUCUGUUUUAUUGAGCAUUUCUGUGUCUCCAAUCUGGUCAAACUGUUGAUGGUUUUGGGCCUUGCCUAUAUAAGUAUAAUGUUCAUCUACCUCCUCUUUAAAAUUGGAAUAAUCCAAUGUGUGGGAAGAAGCCUCUGUAAAAUGAGGUGGGCUGCAUGCGAGGCAUAUUGGCGUGCAUUACAACAUAUCACCUGUUUUCUGUGGCACAAGCUAAAGAACACCAAGCGAGUGCACCGUUGCCGGCACUUCCAAGAUAUUGAAGAAGGAUGUGGUUCAACUGAUGAUGGUGAUUGUUCAGAGACAUAUGGAAGUUUAAGUACCAAAAGAAAGUGGAAAUCAAUUAAAGGGAGAAGGAAGGAUCAAAUGCAAAUGUCUUUUUAUCCUGUGAGGCAGGGGUUGAGAGAUGGGUACAGGAGUCAUAGUCAUCAUCAUAAUGUGAGGUUGAAGGCAAGUGUUGUGUCAGUCCGUGUUAAGGGUGAAUCUACUCGAGCAUGCAACUCAAGGCAUAUUCAAGUUAGCAAGCCUGGUAAUUUAAGAAAAGCUAUGAGGUUGUACAAAAGGAGGAGGAUCAGUUGAUCUCUUCCUGACAGCAUUUUUUUUAAUUGGGUGAAGAGUUAGAGGUGCCAAUUCUCUAAAAGUUGAGGGUAUUUAGGAUCUGUUUGGUUCACACUCAGAAUUGGAAUCGGAAUCAGAAUUGAAAUCCAUCAGAAUAGGAAUCAAAAUGGAUUAUUUCCCCUGCUUGUUUGGUUCAGAUGGAAUUAUAAUCAGAAUCAGCUAGAAUGGGAUUCUCAUGUACGAGGGAGAGGGAAUGACCAUUCCCUCGAAUGGAGGAAUGUCAUUCCACAUGGAAUGGAAAUUAGAUUCAAUUCUAUCCAAUCAAUUAGUUGGCGGCCCAUAUUCCAAUUCUGAUU